CGUCGACCGGCUUUCGCAGCGUGCGCCUCUUGAGCGAUAUUUCGAGCAUUCCAGCCGUGUUUCUUAGCCAAAUAAACGAACGUGAGCGUGAACGUUGCGAAACGCAGGCCAGAUCCUCAUAUAGACCGCAUUUCGAUCCGAUUCGGUAAGAAGAUGUCGAUGCUGCUGCUCCUUUUGGCCGGGCAGCUCCUGCUGCUGCCCCUCGUCGCCGGCGGGUCCUGUCGGGAGGCGCAGCUCUGCUGCACCGGCCGCGACUCGUCCUGCGUCGUCCAGAAGGCCCCCAUAAACGCCAUCAUCGAGGACCUCAGCGACAAGCCCUGCUAUUGCGACCAUGCCUGCCUCAAGCUCGGCGAUUGCUGCGACGACUUCAAGGACCACUGCGGAGUGCUGGACUGCCAGGUGGGCGAUUGGGGUGCCUGGAGCGAAUGUGACAAGAGUUGUGGCACUGGGAUGAUGACGCGGAACCGCCAGAUCCUGCAGGCGGCCCAAAAUGGUGGCAAGCACUGCCCAACUUUGCAGCAAAAGCGCAGCUGCCAAGGAUACCGCUGCCAUGGCCAUCACGACAAGAAGAUACUGCACGAAAUGGCUCUGCUCCUGCCAGCUGCACUUUCGCACAAUCAUCACAUCAAUGACAGCAGCGAUAGCCGGCGCAAUCUGCGCACGCGCUACCGCGACUCCUACAAGCACAACCAUGAUCAUGACUACUGCGUGGAAUUCGAGGUAAUAAAAGCAUCCAAGGCCUGCCGCAAACUGCCACCAUACAAUCUCAUGCUGGAAGGCGAUCGCAUAACUGUGCGCUGUGACCUGGACGCCUUAAUCCAGGACACCGUGGCCAGCACCACCACUGCCAGGACACCCCAAGCCCCCAACCAGCCGCCCAGCACCACCGCUUCCGUUUCUGCAUCCGCUUCCGGCCAGCGGGCGGAUGACCUUGAUGAGGAGCGACAGCAGCGGGAGAACAGCGACGGCGACGACCAGGAGACGGAGACGGAGGCGGAGGAGGAGGAGGAGGAAGAGGAGCAGGAGGAGCAGGAGCAGGACGACCUGCAGAACGCCCUGGACACGGACAGCAACGAGAGUUCCGAUUACCGCCACCAGAGAUUGCAAUCGCAAAUAUCGCACAGCCGCCGGACAGCGGGAAAACGCAGCGCUGUGCCGGCCACGCCCCCGCCCACGCUGGCGCCCACCUACCACUGCCGGGGGGAGGGGCUGGCCGGGCGCACGACACGCUGGAGCGCGCUGCCGGCGCCGUCGUGCCGCGGCAAGUGGCUCCGCCUGACCGUCGGUCCGCCCAAGAAGUGCGGCCACGCCCAGUUCAUCUUUGUCUAAGGCGACCAGGGCCGCCGAUGCCGCCGAUAUCCGGUCAUCUUUUUUUCCCCCCCUCCCCCCCUCGUGUAGGCUAUGGUGUACGGUUAUGGUGCCACCCCCCCACCACCCAUCAUCAUAUCAUAUCAUAUCACCCGCAAAGCCCUGCCCCCAAGCCGAACACCCGAACCCUUCACUUCCGGCCCAAAAAUAAAAGUACCCCUUGUAUGUAAGCGUUUAAACAUUAAGCCAGUGGAUUAAGAAGAUCAUAGCAUAUGUGUGAGGUCAUUUUUUUUUGUCUCUCUAGAGUAGCGAUCCGGAAGAUAAAGUCGCAGGGCCAGUGCAGUUUGGAUUGCUUGUAUUUGCAAAGUGCUAAAAACAAAUGCCAUAUUCUGGAUAAUAUUUAAAAUAAUUUCAAAACUUCAAAAAAUGAGACCGUUUAAGGCGGAUUCAUCCAUAUUUCCAAAAUAUUUUUAAAACUUUCGAAUGCAAGCCCAUAUAAUACGAAUCCAAUAGGCUGCCACAUAAAUUUGAUUGGCUUUUGUGGACUUUCUUCGGAGAGCUUUCCUCUAAGUAGCUUAGGAAACCCCGUCGUGUAAGCAACAAGGGCUCCGACCCAAAUAAAAACUCUAUCUAUGCUCGGGGUCGUUGGAGACGCUCAUCUCGGAUCGGAUAAUACUAGAAACUAGAGACUAAGUCAUCAAAUUCCGCAUAACAUCGUCAGUGAACGUGGAGUCGGGCUGCUUAGCGAAAGAACCUAUAUAUAGGUAUAUAAAUAUAUAUAUGUGGAUGUGCAUGAGUGUAUCUAUCUAAUCGUUAGUUCCCCGACUUACAAACAUACAUACACACUUGUGAGGUCCCAAAUUUCAGUUGCCCAACUGGCGGACAAGCUUCUGGAGUCGGAAUUAACGUUUGGAUCUUAGCAUUAAUCUGAACGUAAGGUACACACGAAUGUCGAACGUAAUUACUUAAAUUAUAAUUAAACCAAUAAUGAGAUCAUUCAAUAAAGAACGAGUAUAAUUUUAAUGUAAAA